AUGACAAUUUCUAAACCCCAAACCUGGAAAGAAAUAGGAGACAUCAUUGCUAGUGGUGAUUUAGGGAAGUUGGCUAGAACUCAAGAGAGUACCGAUAAAUACAGAGAGUUCAAAAGAUAUAUUCUUGAAGAAUUACAUUCAAAUUUGACAGAUGUUCUAUUGUCAAAAUUAGGAUGGACUUUAUCAGAUCUAAAAUAUUGUAAUGAUGUUAUGUACAGUUCUGAUGCUGACAAGAUUAAAGUUGCAUUCUCGCAUAAAUCUCUAUAUGAACUAACUGUGAAUGACUUCCCAUACAAUUUUGAACAAAAC